GAACAGAAGGAAAAGCGUCAGCACACCCAGACCAUUCUAUGGCAUUGUUCAGAGACUAUUCUAGUCACUAGCAUUUUAUCUUCGCAAGCUAAUCUGAGUCGACUCUAAAAGUCGCGAAGACGGGUUUUUGUGGCGUAUCGGUGUGUUGGCCUGAAGCUUGCUAGCCCUUGUCUGGUUGUUUACACAGCCGCAUUUUAUUUCAGGGCAUGAGUAAAUUUUUAUUGCGUCGAGUCCCUAAAGCCUCUAAUAACCUCUAGGGCCUCAGCGGUGCUCCCAUAACGGCUCAGAUAGCCGACAUUCCGUCGCAUUCCGUCGUCAAUAAAGACUAGUGUUGAAGGCUGGAUGAUAUCUGAUCGCUAAGCGCGACGUCCGUCCAGCAACGUCCGUCCAUAUUCACGUGGAAAAGUGAUCUACUUAGUGAAACGAUCUCCGUCGGACGAAGCGUAAAAUAGGACCAGAUGGCUUCGCGUUCCCUGCUCCUAGGAGCGAGUCCAAUCUCAGUCCCUAAUGUCCCAGCUCAAAGUCGGCAUGUUAGGAGUGAGGCCGCUGGACGAGACUCCUGCGAUAGGCAAGUUUCUGGCCUGCGAGUAAUUCAUGGAAGCUCGUUUCUUGGAUCGGCUCCUCGGCUGAAGGUCUCGGCUGUUCCAGGAAGGAAGAGCGCUGCAGGCGGGCGAUGCAGAGCCGCAGCGGAGAAUGGCCAGCAGGCGGGAGCAGAGGACCCGGAGAAGGAGGAACUGAAGAAGUUUGAGAAGGCUCUGCUUGAGAAGAAGUCCAACGAGCUCGCUGAUAGAAUCGCCAGCGGAGAGUUCACAGUGGCAUCUAGAAGAGUGGACCGUUUAGGCUGGCUUCGUCGUUCCUUGGCGAACUUGGGACCGCCAGGCCGGCCGGUAGCCAUGUUUCUGGCGACUGAGGAAAGGAGGUGGCGGGCCAUGGUGAAUGCAAGCAUGCCGGAAGCUCGUGGCGACAUACGCGCUAUAAUCGGGCAGCCGUUUUUCGUACCGCUUUUCAGCCUGUAUCUUGUUUAUGGCGGGGUUUUCCGCCUGUCGUUUGGCCCAAAGAGGUUUGUGAUUGUAUCGGAUCCCGUUGUGACGAAGCACAUUCUCAGGGACAACGCCAGAUCGUACUCUAAGGGGAUCCUGUCUGAGAUUCUCGACUUCGUGAUGGGUCAGGGGCUCAUUCCCGCCGAUGGCGAGGUGUGGGUCACUCGCCGCCGCACCGUUGCCCCUGCGCUGCACAGAAAGUACGUGAGCGCCAUGGUGUCGCUAUUCAGUGAGUGCUCUCAGCGGCUGUGCGACAAGCUGGAGAGAGCGGCAGAGAAGGGCGAGGUGGUGGAGAUGGAGUCUCUGUUCUCCCGCAUGACCCUGGAUGUCAUCGGCAAGGCCGUUUUCAACUACGAGUUCAACUCACUCUCCAAGGACACUGGGAUAGUGGAGGCGGUGUAUGUGACACUAAGGGAAGCUGAGGUGCGCAGCACAGCGCUGUUCCCCUACUGGAAGAUCCCGCCCCUGCGAGUGGUGAUGCCCAGCCAGCGCAAGGUGUCGGACGCCCUGAAGCUCAUCAACAGCACACUGAACGAGCUGAUCGCAGAAUGCAAGAAAAUGGUGGAAGCAGAGGAUGUGGAGUUUUUCGAGGAGUACUUAAACAAGGAGGACCCCAGCAUCCUGCACUUUCUGGUGGCAUCGGGGGAUGACGUCACGAGCAAGCAGCUGAGGGACGAUCUGAUGACCAUGCUGAUUGCGGGGCAUGAGACGUCUGCUGCCGUGCUCACAUGGGCGUUCUACCUCCUGGCGCAGCACCCUGCAGCGAUGGAGAAGCUGCAGGCAGAGGUGGACUCGGUGCUGGGCGACAGGCAGCCGGCCAUCGACGACUUCAAGAAGCUGCGGUUCACAACGAGGGUGAUCAACGAGGCCAUGCGGCUGUACCCGCAGCCACCCGUGCUCAUUCGGCGGGCGCUGGAGGAUGACGUGCUCGGAGGAUACCCUAUCAAACAGGGUCAGGACAUUUUCAUCUCGGUGUGGAAUCUGCACCACAGCCCCGAGCUGUGGCAGGAUGCAGAGGACUUUCGGCCUGAGAGGUGGCCGCUUGACGGGCCCGACCCGAACGAAGUCACAGAGAACUUCAGCUACCUGCCUUUUGGCGGCGGCCAGCGCAAGUGCAUAGGGGAUGUCUUUGCAACCUUUGAAGUCACCACAGCAGUGGCGAUGCUGGCCCGGCGGUUCAACUUCAGCCUCGCACCUGGUGCUGAAGCGGUGGGCAUGACCACAGGAGCCACCAUCCACACCACCAACGGCCUUCUGAUGACUGUAUCCCGCAGAACCCCCCCACCUGCUGAGCCCACACCUGCCACUGGUACUGCUGCUGCUAUCUCAGAAGCUGCUGCUGUUGUCCCCGAGAUUGCUGUUGUGGCUGUGGCGAAUGGAACAGCUGCAAAUGCAGGUGUCGCUGGGGUGGCAGGAGGGCACGAGGUGGGAACUGCUGCUGAAAGCACUGUGGCAGCCUGAGUUACUGUACUCAAUCCCUGUUGAAGUGAGAGAGACCCGAAAGGCUUCACAGGUUUCUGAAACCAUGGGCACAGUGCACGAAUGCGAUGCUGUAUUUUUUGCUUGAAUGAUUACUCAACAAGCACUUUGUCUAUGUUGCAGGCGUAUGCACAGAUUAGAUGUGUUGUACAUGCUAAUUGCUACAUCCAUUGGAAUUGUCAUGUCAAUAGCGGGGACUAGGUGUAUCAACAAAGGGUUUUU